AUGCCGCGCCUAUGUCAGAACACGGACUGCUGCUUCGCCAAGAUGGGGGGCCGGCAACGGGUAGCCGCCGGGGCUGAGUGCUGCAUGUUCUGCGACCACGAGGCCAUGGAAACGGCUUGCCUGGCGGCCAGCGGUCGACGGUCUGUCUUGCGGAGCUUGAAGGCGAUGACCGAACCCAUCUUCCGCAACAUCGCUCUGGAGCAAGUCCCUACGGAGUACAAAGGCCACUUCUCCCGCGGCUUGGCCUCUGCCAGGUUUUGCGGUGGGUUUGAAGGCGAGGCCUGUGUCUUCGCCUUGCAAAAGACCGGCGGCCCUGCGCGUGUGGAGAAGCGCCAGGCGGGCAGCUGCCUCUUCUGCGACCCUGUUGCAGUUGGGGCCAAGGUGGACAUGCUGGGAGGUGUCGAGGAGAUCGCGGGCGCGCGGACCCGAGCUGACAUCCAAACGCUGCUCAAGCCCAAGCAACGGCGGCUGGGCGCGCCAGCCACGGCAGCGCAGAAGAAGAUCUAUCGGGAGCGGGUUCUGGCGGAUAAGGCCCGUGGCCGGAAGCACGCCGGGCGCCCGAAGGAGCGGGCAGCUCCCGGCGCCGUCGUGGAUAACUCCGCGCCUGCGCCGCCGGCCAAGCGCUCCGCCAAGGCCGCCGGCCUGGAGCGCUGGGCGCUCCACUGCGCCUGGGCGCAAUGUGAGGCCUGCGGCUUGAUGCUUGCCCGCGACCUCACGCAAAAAAGCCUGACAAGAGAUCAGAAGGUCACGGCGCCGCCCUUGCAAUGCCGUCGUUAUCGGAGCGCUCGAGAUCACCCAGCGCCCAAGCUUGCGGAC